AUGAUUCUCCAGGAACUAUCUGGGAAUUCUCAUAUACUACAGACCGCCUUUGCGGCUGCGGGCCUUUUUGCCCUGCUCACAUUCAUAUCCCACCUCAACCACAGGGCAAAGAUUGCCAACCUUCCUUCCUUUGGUGGUGGAGAUAGUCGCGAGAAGUCUAGAAAUGCUUACCUACAAUCUGCUAAGAAGCUUUACAUUGAUGGAUACAAGAAGUUCAAGGGUCAAGUGUACCGCAUGAUGACCUCUGAUGAUGAGGUAUCUAUCGUGGUUCCUCCUCGUUUUCUGCCGGAACUGAGAAAGCUGCCGGAUGACAUCCUUAGCUUUCCGAAAGCAGUUGAUAAGUCCAUGGAAGUCAAAUAUACGAAGAUCUUGACAGAUGAGCCGCUUAUCUCACACUCGGUGAAGGCUGAUCUAACUCCAGCGUUAGUUCGGCUCAAUCCCAUCAUAUGUCAAGAGGUCGAUGAAGCCGUAAAAGAGGAAUUGCCGCCAUGCGAAGAUUGGACUACGGUGUACAUCUACAUGAAAUUGGUGCACAUCGUCGCCAAGGUCUCUGGUCGAGUCUUUGUGGGGCCUGAACUUUGCCGUGACCAGGACUAUCUAGACUCUGGAAUCAAUUAUACCAUGGAACUGAUCGGAGCACAGCAAGCCAUCAAAUUGAUGCACCCCUGGCUGCGACCUUUCCUAGCCAGCAGGCUACCACAGGUGAAGAACUUGCGCAGGCGAGAGAAACUGGCCAAACAAUUCCUCGAACCGGUCGUACAAGCUCGCCGCAAUGCCGAAAAGGAUCCCGACUAUGAGAAACCAGAUGAUUUGCUCCAAUGGUUUUUGAACCGAACCAAUGAUUAUGGCAUAGACUCUACGGCGUAUAUUGCCCAAAUGCAGCUUGGCACUAUAUUUGCUGCGAUCCACACGACAACACUUACAACAACAAACAUUCUUUAUACCCUUGCUGUAAAGCCCGAGUACAUUGAGCCAAUGCGUGACGAGAUUCGUCAAGCGAUGGCGGACAAUGAUGGCAUCAUCACCUCGAGAGCGCUGCAGAAGAUGGAAAAGCUUGACAGCUUCAUGAAAGAGACCAUGCGAUUCUACCCUGCCGGAUUCACCUCCUUCAACCGCCGCGUCAUGAAAGGCAUCACCCUCUCCGACGGCACGUACAUCCCCGCCGGCGCCAUCAUCGAAGUGCCCUCCCACGCCAUCUACCAAGACGACGAGAACUAUCCCAGCGCCGACGAAUUCGAUGGCUUCCGCUUCUCCAAGCUUCGCAAGGGCGGCGGCGCCACCGAACACGCCCGCAACCAGUUCGUCACCACCAACGAACAGAACCUGGGCUUUGGGUACGGGAGACACGCUUGUCCUGGACGCUUCUUCGCCGCGAAUGAGAUCAAGAUGAUCCUUGCGAGAUUGAUCCUCGAUUACGAUAUCAAGAAUCCGGAUGGGGUGACGGAAAGGCAUCCUAACACUGAAGUCGGGCGAUCGACAGCGCCAGAUGCAAGCAAGCCCCUUCUCUUCCGAAAGGUUCAGAUCUAG